AUGUAAGGUUGGGAAUUUAAGAAAACCUGCACCGACAACUCAGUAUAGGGAUCAUCAAUAAGACAAUGCUAAACAAAUCAGUUGGAUUUCAUGCGUUUGAAAGAUGAUCGAACAAGAAUGGAGAAAGAAUUUUAUUAUCCUCAUUUUCAGCUUCGAAUCAUCACUGAUGCCUAUUACAUUCGAGCUAAGGCAAGCUCUAAUUCUUAGUUUAAAAUAUCAUUAAUCGACUCAGGAGGAACUACUACCAUAUUUUCUAGAUUAUAUUAAGAAUCAAAUAUAUAGAGGUAUGACAAAGUAUGUAAAAACGAUUGUGGAGGCGGUAGCUGUGGAGGAUUAGACGAAACAAGAGUAGAAAUAAAAACCAUUAUUUUGGAUGCCAUAAAUCACCAGAAGUCUGUGUUUGAUGUUUCAUAUUGUUAUAUCUAUCAAGACGAUUUAAUGAGAGUCGGAUUAAGAAAUAUAUUAAUAUAUGCAAAUACCUGUCAUUUUACAUGUGCAUCUUGUUCAGGAGCCACUAUAAACGAUUGCUUAACCUGCUAUUAAGGUGUAUUACAAGGAGGAAUCUGUAAGUGCGAUGAAUCCAAUUCAUACGUUUAAUUAUUGACAGGUUGCGUAUAAGAAUGUCCUAGAGAUUAUUAUCUAGCAGAUGAUUCCAAAUACUGUUAGUUUGAUCCAAGGAUCAAAUCAAAGAUCAGUUAUUUCACUUCAACUACUAUCAGUAAUGGCAACUUUCUACCCUAUGAUCCAUGGGUGUAUGUGUUAGAUCCUUUUUAUCCGUCCAAUACAAAUAAGCUCGCUCAAUGUGGCAGUGAUGAUGUGAUUGGCAGAUUUUCAAAUUAUGAAAUGAUGUAUUUAAAAUUGGCUCAACAUAAAGGGUUAACAUUCUUAAGAAUAAGAGCAUCCUUCUAUUUGUUUGGUUGGCAGACUGGUUCGUCAUUGCGAAUAACAGUAGAUUCCUAUUCACAAGCUAUAAUUUUGAAGACAGCCACCAAUUACACUAUUUAGAAUGCUAGAUUGAAUAAGUUUAGUAGUUCGAGUUGUUCAGGGAAUAGCUACGACCUAUUGAGAAUUGAAGCAGUCCUUAAGACAUACACAACUACUCCUACUCUUCAGUUUCAGGCAAUACCUAUUUUAUAGAGUGAAUAUUGGGCAUUCAAAAAUGUUACAAUUGAUUAUGGUCUAUGUUAAAGUAACUGUACAUCAUGUGAAACGUACUCUAGGUGUUUGAUUUGUGAUUCAGGAUUCAAUUUAUACAGAGGUACAUGUGUUGAUCAAUGUCCAAUUCACUCCACUUUGUUGGCCAAUGGAACUUGUUAGGAUUAUGAGGAUAUUAUUACAAAUAGUAGAUAUUUGAUAAAAGCAUUUUAUGAUAUGAACACUACAUUUGAGUAAGUGUCAUCAAUAAUUGAUAAUUUUACUGAUUUGGCUGGUACCAUUAAAACUUCAUUUACUGGAUCAAUUUAUUCUUUUGUCCCUGAAAAAUCUGUCUUAGGAGGUGUUUUAGUGUGGCAAGUGGGAAAGUUUCAAAAAACAUUUACCUCGUUAAAACCGCAUUAUAAGAUAAGUUCUAGACUUAACGUGACAUAUGGAGAUGAGAUGAAUGGAUGGUUUUCCUAUAAGAUUCAUUCCUAUCAAUCUUCACAAAUAACAAAUCCAAAUACAGGGACCAAUAAUUACAUAGGAGAUUCCAAGAAAGAGACCACUGCUCAUUAUUAUUACUUAGAAUAAACUCAUACUUCCUCUUAAUUAGACAUAGUCUUGGCAGGAAAUACUAAUUAGGGUUCUCCAGAAGAUGCUUUUAUAUAUGUAUCAGAUUAUUUUGUUGUUGUUCACUAUUGUGCUCCUUUUUGUAAUGUAUGUCAUGGUCCAGCCAUCUCAGAUUGUGAUUCUGGAUACACUGGAUAUAGUUUGACAAGAUCUUGUAACACAAAUUAAUACUUAAGUUUCAACAGUGCCACUGAAGUUUAUUCUUGUUAAUCCUGCACUUAAUUAGGAUGUUAAGAAUGCUAAAGCGAUUCAGUUUGUACAAAAUGCGAAUUCUCUAAUACUAAUAAAUUUUUAUUAGACUAAGGAGAAUGCUAAUGUUAUCCUUCAUCCUAUUUGUCAGGCACAAAUUGCAUAUCAUGUAAUAGAUAUUGUGAAACUUGUCUUGGAUCUUUAAAUACAUAAUGCUAUACUUGUGUAUCCGAAUAUUAUAGAUCAAUCAAGAAAUAUUAAUGUUUAUGUAUUGAUGGGUAUUAUGAUGAUGGAUAUAAUCUACAAUGUCAUCCUAUUUGUGGAGAUCAGAUAGUUGUAGACGGAGAAGAUUGUGAUGAUGGCAAUAGUAAUCCAUUUGAUGGUUGUCAUCAAUGUAAAUUUGUUUGUCAAGAGAGUUGCAACGAUUGCACAAAUGGAGAAUGUUAUGACUGUAAAGACCAUUACAUUCUUAUUGAAUCUAUCCAUAGAUGUAUUAAUAAUUGUGGAGAUUCCAUUAUUAUUGGAAAUGAAGAAUGUGAUGAUGGUAAUAUUUAUCCAUUUGAUGGUUGUUAUGAAUGUAAAUUUGAAUGUUAUGAUCACUGUACCAACUGUGUAUUUGGCAUUUGUUAUCAAUGUGAUGAAAAUAAUGGUUGGUAUUUGACUGGAGUUAGUUGUGAACCUAUUUGUGGAGAUGGAAUUCUGGUUCCAGGAGUUGAACAAUGUGAUGAUUCAAAUUAUGAUCCAUUUGAUAGAUGUGACAUGUGUUAAUUGAACUGUUCUGAAUAUUGUAAAUACUGUUCCAAUGGAAUUUGUCUUUAAUGCAUUCCUGGAUUCACAUAUGUAUCAGCCACUAAACAAUGCAUACCUAUUUGUGGAGAUUUUUCAGUUGUAGCUUAUGAAGAAUGUGAUGAUAACAAUUUUGUUGAAUUUGAUGGAUGUUAUUAAUGUUAAUUUAAAUGCUAGACUUCUUGCACUGAUUGUAGAUAUGGAAAAUGUUAUUAAUGUAAUACUCUUGGAUGGGAGUUAAAUUUAUCAGAAUAUAAAUGUGAUAUUACAUUGGAUGAUGGUCUGAUUAAAUCAAAAACUGAAUAUUGUGAUGAUGGUAAUAACACUCCUAUGGAUGGAUGCUAUUAAUAGUAAUAUGAAUGUUAGGAUUCAUGUUCUGUAUGUUACAAAGGUUAUUGUAUUUUCUGUAAGUAAAACUGGUAAUUAAAUUUAUCAGAUAAUCUUUGCUAUCCUAUAUGUGGUGAUAAAGUUAUUGUUGGAAAUGAAUAAUGUGAUGAUAAGAAUACAUUGAUGCAUGAUUCUUGCAAUAAGUGUGUAUUUCAAUGCGAUUUUAAUUGUUCAUAGUGCGAUUUUGGAUUUUGUUAAUAUUGUGAAAUAGGAUAUACCUUAGUUGAUAAUAAAUGUGUUGAGAUCUGUGGAGAUGGUUUGGUUGUUGGCAAUGAACAAUGCGAUGAGAAUGAAUAAAUCUUAGAUUCCUUUUGUUCAAAUUGUAAAUACAAUUGUGGAUCCAGUUGUACUUUAUGCACAAGAGGAGGAUGCUAAUAAUGUAAAGUUGGGUAUUUAAUGGACAACUAUGAAUGUUAACCUAUUUGUGGUGAUAGAAUAAUUGUUGACUAAGAAUAAUGUGAUGAUGGAAAUGAUUAACCAUUCGAUGGAUGUCACAAUUGUCAAUUCCAAUGUUAAGAGGAAUGUUAGGAUUGUAAAUUCAAUCAUUGCUAUGAUUGUAUGAUAGGAUAUGUUAAUAAAGAUUUUGGUUGCAUUGAAAAUUGUGGUAAUUCAUUAUCUACUAAGAAUGAAAAAUGCGAUGAUGGAAACUUUGAGGCAUUUGAUGGGUGUUACAAUUGUGAUUACUCUUGUGAUGAGGAAUGUGAAAUAUGUCAAGAAGGAAUGUGUUUCAAAUGUAGUAAAAUUGGAUGGUAAAUCAGCAAAGUCAAUUUUAGAUGUGAACCUAUUUGUGGAGAUAAUAUAGUUGCAGGUAAUGAAUUUUGUGAUGAUGGAAAUGAUAUUAGAUAUGAUGGUUGUUUUGAAUGUUACUAUGAAUGUGAAUAACCAUGCACCGAUUGUGUUUAAGGUGUCUGUUAGGAGUGCAAUACAUUGGGAUGGUUACUAGAAGAUUUUAAGUGUGUUCCAGUUUGUGGAGAUUCAAUAAUAGUUGAUAAUGAAUAAUGUGAUGAUGGUAAUAAUAUUCCAUAUGAUGGGUGCUUUGAAUGUGAAUAUCAAUGUUAGGUAGAGUGUACUAAUUGUAAUAAAGGGAUUUGUGAGGAAUGCAAUACUAAUGGUUGGGUACUGUUGGAUUAACGUUGUUCAACAUAGUGUGGUGAUGGAAUAGUUGUGAAACCAUAUGAAUUAUGUGAUGAUGGGAAUUCAGUUCCAUUUGAUGGCUGUUUUGAUUGUGAUUUCUAAUGUUAAGAAAUUUGUGGAGAAUGUAUUUAAGGCAUGUGUUAUAGAUGUGAUGAAUUAGGAUGGGUUAUUGAAAAUCAUCUCUGUGUUCCAUAUUGUGGAGAUGGAUUGAUCGUAGGAAAUGAAUAAUGUGAUAGUGGAAAGAAUACAGAUAGUUUUUGCAAAGAUUGCAGUUUAGUUUGUGAUUAGUAUUGUGUUGAUUGCAUUGAAGGAAUAUGCAAUCUAUGUGAUCAAGGAAGACAACUGUAAAAUAACUAUUGUGUAUCAUUAUGUGGAGAUGGAGUUCUUGUUGAAGAAGACUGUGAUGAUGGCAAUCUUGAAAAUCGAGAUGGCUGUUCAGAGAGUUGCAAAGUUGAAACUGAUUGGGUAUGCUUAAAUACAUAAUUUCUAACCAGCACAUGUAUUUAUUCUAUCACUCCAGAUAUGAAACUCAACUCUCUCAAUCAGAAUCCAGAAAGUGUUGAAAUGGUUUCUAUUACUUUUAAUUAGCCUAUGAAGCUUUAAUAUAAUGAAAACUACACUGCUGAUCAUUACUUUGAAGGCAACAUUACAAAUCUCUUAUUUGAAUAAUACGAAGUUACUUUUGAGUUUAGAGUGCCUCCUCAAUUUGACUAAGUAGAUGAUAUUGAAGCUAUAGCAACCGUUAAGUUUUAUGAAAAUGUUGAUGAUCCUAUUCUUAUUGUUAAACUUAACUCAAGUGCUUUAGUCACUCAAUAUUACAUUAUUAUUCCAGAUAAUGAAAAAGAAAUCAGAUUACAAACUCCAAUUGUACUUUCCUAAUCGUAAAUAGACAAUUCUUAAAAUGCAAAGUCAUUUUUAAGCAUUGUCAUCUAUUUUUUAAUAACUUUAUCUGCUUUCUGUGUUAUAACUGGGUCUUUUGAAAUAUUUUGGAACUUAAUGGAUUUACUUCAAUAUCUAUCCUAUAUAAAGUACAUCAACAUUCAAUUUCCCACAAAUCUUAAUAUUUAUUUUGAAGUUUUUAAACUAAUUUCUAUUUAACCAUUAAUGGAAUUCACAGGAAUCAGUACUCUUUUUGAUUUUGCUGAUGGAGAAGAGUAGUAUGUUGUGGAAACUUCAAAUAAAUUUAAAUAAGAUGAAAUUAAUGGGUACUUCUAUUUGAAUUUCCAAAGUUCAAUCUUUUGCUUUUUGGGUUUAUUCUCUGGAUAUGUAAUUGCCAAAAGUUUAACAUUGUUUCUUUAUUAAUUAGGACCAUAUCAACUAGCUAAUUUUGGCUAUUACCCAAUUAAAUUCAUCUAUAUUUUUAGAAGACUCUUAAAAAAAAGCUAUAAAGCAUUUUAUUUUAGUGCAAUUAUCAAAAUGAUAAUGUCAAAUUAUUAUGAUAUCAGUUUCUCUGUAUUUAUCUAACUCAACAAUUUUAAUACAGAUAACACUGUACUCAAAGUGAACUCUUAUGCUGCUUUAGUUGUUUGUGCAUUGUAACUACUAUUUUUUACUUAUAUGUUCACUAAAUAACUUUCAUUCACAAAGAAAGUAACAACUAAAAAAAUCGAAUAAUAUUCUGCUCUAUUUGAAGGAGUAGCAGAUUCUUCUAACAUCUGGAUUACUUAAUAUAACACUAUUUUGCUAUUAAAAAAAUAAGUUUUUAUAUUCUUAAUUGUUUAUAUGGGACAAAACGGUCCCUUAUAAACAAUCACAAUAGGAUUAGUUUAAACUGUGUUUCUCCUAUAUGUAUUUGUCUAGAAACCACUUGAAAAUAUUUAAGAAUACUAUAAAACAUUAGUUGCUGAGUCAUUGUUGGCUUUUAACACCUUAUUAUUUUUGACUUAUGCUUAUCGAUUGUAGCUAGAAUUGUCAAUAGAUGAUUACAUCAUGAUUGGCUGGAUUCAUAUUGCUAGUUUUAGUUUCAUUCUACUAUUUUCAUUAAUUUUCGACAUCAAAUCCUAAGCAACUACUCUGUAUAAAAAGAUCAUCAAAAUGAUAUAAGGAAAAUAACCAGAAGUUAAACCUGGCACAGUUAUAUUUUAUUGA